ACCUCAGAGACGCCACGCACACGCUCACCCACUCACGCACACUCACACACACUCUCUCUGCAGCCGCGCAAUGACUGGAGCCAUGGACGGCUUCUCGUGGAAACUUUUUCUACUUUCUUGCCUGGCUAUGAAGAGCUGCGCGCAAGACUUCGGACAGACGCAGUUUAUUUGCACGUCGGUGCCCAAGGAUAUGGACUUGUGCUCGGCUACGAUGCAGAACAGUGGGCCGGCGGAGGACCUGAAGACCACGGUCAUGCAGCUGCGGGAGACCGUGCUGCAGCAGAAGGAGACCAUCAUGAACCAGAAGGAGACGAUCAGGGAGCUCACCUCCAAGUUGAGCCGAUGCGAGAGCCAGAGCCUCCCCGCGGCGGCGGGACCCGGCGGGAGGCGGCCGGGGUCGAAGAACACGAUGGGGGAUGUAUCCAGGGGAACCACGGACACUCUGGCUCAGCUGGGACAGACUUUACAGACGCUCAAACAGAGACUGGAGAAUCUAGAGCAAUACAGCCGGGGGAACAACACCGUGCAAGCCAACAGCCUGAAAGACCUGCUGCAAAACAAGAUAGAUGACAUGGAGAAGCAGGUGCUGUCCCGGGUCAACACGUUAGAGGAGCCCAAACCGGGCCCCAGGAACGACACCGAGCAGCGGAACCGAGUGGAGACCACGCUGACCUCUCUGCACCACCGGAUUACAGACCUGGAGAAAGGUAAAGAGACCAGGCCAACAGAUAAGUUCCAGCUCACCUUCCCCCUAAGAACCAACUACAUGUACGCCAAAGCCAAGAGGAGCCUUCCUGAGAUGUACACGUUCAGUGUGUGUCUGUGGAUCAAGUCCAACGCCUCGCCUGGAGUGGGAACACCCUUCUCCUACGCUGUGCCGGGUCAGGCCAACGAGCUGGUCUUAAUUGAGUGGGGGAAUAACCCCAUGGAAAUUCUCAUUAAUGACAAGGUCGCAAAGCUGCCGUUCCUCAUCAACGAUGGAAAAUGGCAUCACCUCUGCAUCACGUGGACCACCCGUGAUGGGAUGUGGGAGGCCUUCCAGGACGGAGUGAUGCGGGGCAGCGGGGAAAAUCUGGCACCAUACCACCCCAUCAAACCUGAGGGAGUGCUGGUCCUGGGACAAGAGCAGGACACACUGGGAGGAGGCUUCGAUGCAACACAAGCCUAUGUUGGAGAGCUGGCCAACUUAAAUAUCUGGAAUAGGAAACUUUCCAUUGCCGAGAUCUACAACUUGGCGACCUGCAACAGCAAAGCACCGGCUGGCAACGUCUUCUCCUGGACGGAGAGCAACAUUGAAAUAUUUGGUGGAGCGACCAAAUGGACCUUUGAGCCUUGCCGCUCCCUCAACUGAACUGCAACUUCACCGUUCAAAAAAUGGCCUCUCUGUAUUUCUGAGCUUUUGUCGUUCUUGUCUUCAUUUGACGUUUGUUAGAGACUACUUGAGUUGUUGGUACGCUUAAAUCUGGGAUUUCUAUCAUUCUUAGGUAUUUAUGUGCAAAACAACACUUUCCAUCUUGAGGAAAAAAAAAUCUUACUCGUCUUGGGAACCUCAGAGAAAGUAUUGGUAUCCGUUGCUUUUUUUCACUCCCCAUGGACGUUCAUUUAAAAAGCACACUUAAGCUUUUCGUUUGGCUUAUUUUGCCUUGGACUGGCAGCUGGCAAUCUGCGCCUUAUGUUUGGACAAUUCACAAUCCAAGUGAGGAAUUACUUAACCGCCCCCACCCCUUUUCCCCCAGGAGAGCGGGAGAUUAUGCUGUCCAUCCAAUUCUUGUCCGUGUUUGGCGCCGUGAAGUGUUGUCUGAUGCGGUACAGCUCCUUGCGAGCCCCCGACUUCCCGCCCUCCCCCACUUCCCCUCUCCGCUCCCACCCCUCCGGAACUUGCACUGUGACUGACGAAGGGAACGCCAGGAGAGGAGGAUACGCUGAAGGACACUGCAAAGUCAAGACUGUGGUACAAGUUGUAAUCAUUGUGUCGCUUCAAGUGAUUCUGUAAGAAUGUCGUUAACUUGCCAACAUUGCUACAAAGCCUGGGUGCCUUGGGCUGGUAAAAAUAUUCAGCACAUUCAGUAUGUUUUCAGUUGCAAAUUCAGUGUUUCUGUUUUAUUUUGUUUCCCUGAGCUGGUUUGAGUUUCUUGUUCCUCUGGUAAAUGUAAUUUAAUUACAGUUUGUUAUCUGACAUGAUGUGUUUUUGGCAGGUGUUUGUACUACUCUGUAUUAGGAAUGUUACAGUAUCUGUAUAGUAACAGCAUGAAUGACAGAGUGCUGUGAAAGCAUUGUUGAAAUCUGCUUUACUAUCUUCUCUGGGUCUGGGUUUUCUACUGUAUUGUUAUAUGCUCCAAGCAUGGCAAAACUGAGAGAUGAAGAAUUUAAUUUUUGUAAUAAAAUUGUGAUACUUAAUGUCACAGUGCACUCCU